GGAGGUUUGUGAAGUUUGAAGUUGGAUUGAACUAUGUUGUGACACAGAGAAGGAUCCAACGCCACCUAAUCUCAAAUGAACCCUACGCAACGCAGACUAUCAACAACCACAAUGACCGAAAAUAGUAGCGCUGGAUUCAGGUUCAGAUGGAUAUGGACCCAAGAGCCGCGCUCCCGACGGCGUUGCCUCAGAAUUCCGGCCAGAUGUUCCGCUGACCUUAGCGCCCAAUACGCCAUGCUCGGUCUCACUCCGCUUGCUUCCAAAUCUGGUGUUAAACGAGCGUCUCGCAUUGAAGUAUCAUCCAGGUGUGUUCAAAGGGGACGAUUUUCCUGAAAAGGAUAAAGCUUUUAGGGAGAUUGAAUCUGCAUAUGAGAUGAUGAUUCUAAGUUACAGGGCUUGGAGGUUGUCCUUCCCUCCUGAUUCACUUGCAGUUCAUUGAAGUUCCAUCGGCAAGGUGAAGAGUGCAGUUUUUUGGAGCCAAGCAGCAGUUGCAUGCUGGAUUAAGCCUUUUCUCACCUGAUGAAUUGCAGGUCAUAUAUUCAACAUCGAGACAGUAGAGAGGGCAAGCCUUGACUUGAACAUUUGCUGGGGUAAGAACUGCAGC